AUGAGUUUGAUUUUAUUACACAAUUCUAUUCUCUCUGUAAUCGUCACUAGCAUUACGUUUGCUGUAGUUUUUUUACUGAAUUAUUUACAUAAGAGAAAAGCGAUCACCACUGAAGUAUCACGAAAAGUAGUUCAUAUUGGAGCUGGAACACUUUAUCUUGCUUUGCGUUUCUAUAAUGAUCAGGGAUAUUUCUCAAAAUAUUUGAAUAUAUGUCCGAAUCUUCUUUGGACUGGUAUACUUAUUUGGAAGAGUCAAAAUCAUUCAUCUUCUAACCGUCAAAAAUAUGAUCUUGUGAUUGGUACCAUGACAAGAAAUAAUCGUGGAAACGAACUUUUACGUGGCCCACUAUUUUUCAAUUUGGUUAUGAUAGUUUGUGGUACUGCUUUAUAUAAAACAGUGCUUGGUGCUCUUAUUAUGGCUAUAUUAACAUGGGGCGAUGGCUUAGCUGCUGUGGUUGGCGUUCGUUAUGGUAGUCAACGAAAAAUUUAUGGAACAAAGACAUUCGAUGGAUCAAUGACUUUCUUUCUUAUUGGUAUCCUAGCUUCUAUUAUUUAUAUAUCAAUUCUUAUUGAUUUUCAAUCGCUGAAUAUGUUGAAAAUUGUUCUUACAUCUUUGUUAGCAGCAGUAAUAGAAACUAUUACUCCAUCUGAUUUUGAUAAUUUAACUAUUCCGUUAUCUAUUUUUAUGCUAGAACCAUUGGAAUAUAUUCUUAAACAGAAACGACUUAUAUUAGCUAGUGGUUCGCCACAACGUAAACAAUUACUUCAAUCAAUUGGCUUAAAUUUUGAUAUAAUUGUUUCGGAAUUUGCUGAAGAUCUUGAUCUUUCGACUUACAAACAAAAUCUUGAUAAAUAUGUGAUUGAUACAGCUGAGCACAAGUGUCGACAUGUCUAUGAACAAAUGAAAUUAGAUGAGAAUGAGAAAAAAAAAUUAAUUAUUAUAGGUGCUGACACGAUGUGUUCAUUAGAUCAUGUUGUCUACGGAAAACCAACUGAUAGAGAAGAUGCUUUUCGAAUGAUCAAAACGUUCUCUAAUAAUACGCAUCAAGUGUGUACUGGUGUGUGUAUUCUACAAGGAGAUCUGACAAUGAAGACAUUCUCUGAAACGACCGACGUUACAUUUGGCCCAAUUGACGAUGAAACUAUCCAAGCUUAUAUUGAAACAGAUGAACCAAUGAAUAAAGCAGGUGGCUAUGGUAUUCAGGCGUUGGGUGCAACAUUGGUGAAGAAAAUCGAUGGUGAUUAUUUUAAUGUUGUCGGAUUUCCAAUUUACCAUUUUUGUACACAAUUAAAAGGAUUACUUGAUCCUCAAAUAAAAUAA